AAAGACCAAGAUGGCGGACUGAGUUUGCGGAGGAGUUGAACAUUUACAGUUUUAUAGCCAUGUAGAAUCGAAUAUAGCAUCAAACACAUCAAGAUAUAGAUUUUUCCUUUAGAGCGAGGGAGUGUUAUCUGAAGUGAAGAUUGAAGACGUGAUAGAAGAUGGACGACUACUGCUAUGCUAAGAUGGCGACGUCCGGUAAAAGAGAACAUGAAAGAGAAUCACUAACGGAGAAAAAGACGAAGUAUGAAGACGUCCAGCAGCUGAUUGGUCAUCCAGAAGAACUUCCCCCUCAGUCGGAAGGGAAGAGCUCCACUUUGAAGCAGGAGACUCCACAACCCCCCUGCAUUAAAAAGGAAGAGGAGGAACUCUGCAUCACUCAGGAGGGAGAGUGUCUUCUAGGAAGAGAGGAAGCUGAUUACACCAAGUUGCCACUGACUGUUGUCUCUGUGAAGACUGAAGAUGAUGAAGAGAAACCACAACUAGACAACCUCUUAACUCCACUACCAGAUAGGGAGGUUGAAAAACUUUUGAGCAGCGAUACAGACUGUGAAGACGUCCAGAAGCUGAUUGGUCAGUCAGAAGAACUUCCCCCUCAGUUAGGGGGAAACUCCACUUUGAAGCAGGAGACUCCACAACCACCCUGCAUUAAAAAGGAAGAGGGGGAACUCUGCAUCACUCAGGAGGGAGAGUGUCUUCUAGGACCGCAGGAGGCUGAUCUCACCAAGUUGCCACUGACUGUUGUCUCUGUGAAGACUGAAGAUGAUGAAGAGAAACCACAACCAGACAACCUUUUAGCUCCACUCUCGGAUAGUGAGGCUGAAGAUGAGGCUGAAGAACCUUUGAGCAGCGAAACAGACUGUGAAGGUGAUAUGAGGACUCACACUGACAGCAAACACUCUACAAAGAAGAGAGGAAAAAGACGUUAUAGCUGCUCAGUUUGUGGUAAAGGCUUUUCUCAAAAGAGCCUUUUGACUCGACACAUGAGAACACAUACGGGAGAAAAACCAUUUAAGUGCUCAGUUUGUGGUAAAAGCUUUUCCCAAAAAGGACAUUUGAUUGAACACAUGAGAACACACACAGGAGAAAAAACAUUUAAUUGCUUAGAUUGUUGUAAAAGCUUUACUAGAAAGAGCCAUUUGACCCAACACAUGAGAUCGCACACAGGAGAAAAACCGUUUAAGUGUUCCGUGUGCGGUAAAAGUUUUUCGCAAAAGAUCCGUUUGACUGAACACACGAGAACGCACACAGGAGAAAAACCGUUUAAUUGUUCAGUUUGCGGUAAAAGCUUUCCUCGAAACAGCAACGUGACUCAACACAUGAGAACACACACAGGCGAAAAACCAUUUAAAUGCUCCGUUUGUGGUAAAAGCUUUCCUCAUAAGACCAAUUUAAUUCAACACAUGAGAACACACACAGGAGAAAAAACAUAUAUUUGUUCAGUUUGUGGUAAAAUCUUUUCUCGAAAGAACAAUAUGAUUCAACACAUGACGACACACACGGGAUAAAGUAACUUGUAAUGGUUCCUUUUGUUUUCAAAAGAGCUAUUUGACUCAACACACAAUAAAACUCACUGGAGAGAAUCUAUAUAAUCUAUAUUUUUUUAUGCAAGGUUUGACCCAACACGUAAUGCAACACACAGGAGAAAAUACAAUUAGUUGAUCAGUCUGCGAUAAAAGAUUCCAUUUUAAUGCAGAUGCAGUAAGACACAUAAGAACACACAGGGGGAAUAACCAAUCAGAUAGUUUGUAGUAUUUUGCGCAUACAUUGCAACAUCCACCCAAAGCCAAGACCUCCUCCAAAAUAGGUUUGCUGCUUCUUUUAAAAAUAUCCGAGGUCUUCAUACAAAUUUAAAUGAUCUGUUGCAUAAUCUUAUCUACUCAUGACUAAGGCUGCAGCUAACGAUUAUUUUUCUAUCGAUUAAUCUAUAGAUAAUUUUUUUCGAUUAAUCGGUUAAUCUAUAGAUUUUUUUUUUUUUCGAUUAAUCUAUAGAUUAUUUUUCCUUUUACCGAAUAUUUUUUAUUUUAUUUUAUUUAAAAUGAAGAUGAAAAAAAAAAUGUAGGCCAGUUUUUUCAAAGGACAUGGCUUUUAUUUACAAAAAAAAAAAAGUAUGGCCACUCAGUCAACAUUGACAACAACAUGAGAAA